AUGGCCAAUGCCUCCCCAGACCUGGACAACGCGGAAGCCCAGCGCCAGCUCAACAACAACAACCGACCAAGCAGCUCGGGAUUCUGGGAGACGGAGUGUACCAGCUCCAAGCUGUUCGAGUGCUCCCGCAUCAAGGCCCUAGCAGAUGAACGAGAUGCGGUGCAGAAGAAAACCUUUACCAAGUGGGUUAACUCCCAUCUGGCCAGAGUGUCCUGUCGCAUAGCGGACCUCUACAACGACCUGAGGGAUGGAUACAUGCUCACCAGACUGCUGGAGGUCCUCAGUGGAGAGCUGCUGCCGAGGCCUACACGGGGUCGUAUGCGGAUUCACUGCCUGGAGAAUGUUGACAAAGCCCUCCAGUUCCUCAAAGAACAGAGGGUUCACCUGGAAAAUGUUGGUUCCCAUGACAUUGUGGAUGGAAACCAUCGUCUGACCUUGGGCCUUAUGUGGACCAUCAUCCUACGCUUCCAGAUUCAGGUGAUCAAAAUAGAGACGGAGGACAACAGAGAAACUCGCUCUGCCAAGGAUGCCCUGCUGCUCUGGUGCCAGAUGAAGACGGCAGGGUACCCUGAGGUCAACAUCCAGAACUUCACUACCUGCUGGAGAGACGGCCUCGCCUUCAACGCCCUCAUACACAGACACAGACCUGACCUGAUUGAGUUCCACAAGCUGACGCGGUCCAACGCAACUCACAACCUCCAGCAAGCCUUCAACAUCGCUGAGCAGAACCUGGGCCUCACCAAACUCCUGGACCCUGAGGAUGUAAACACAGAAAACCCAGAUGAGAAGUCCAUCAUCACUUAUGUGGUCUCCUACUACCACUACUUCUCUAAGAUGAAGGCUCUUAUUGUGGAGGGCAAGAGGGUUGGCAAGGUACUAGACAAUUGUAUUGAGGCAGAGAAGAUCGUCAACCGCUAUGAGGCUCUGGCGUCCGACCUGCUGGACUGGAUAGAAAAGACCAUCGCGGUCAUUAGCAACCAGAAGUUUGCCAACUCGCUGACCGGAGUUCAACAGCAGCUGCAAGCCUUCACAACCUACUGCACCAUAGAGAAGCCCAUCAAGUUUCAGGAGAAGGGGAAUCUCGAGGUCCUUCUGUUCACCAUCCAAAGCAAGCUUAGAGCCAACAACCAGAAACCCUAUGUGCCUCAUGAUGGGAAGCUCAUCUCAGACAUCAACAAGGCCUGGGAGAGGCUGGAGAAGGCUGAGCAUGAGAGGGGCGUGGCUCUGCGCAAGGAGCUGAUUCGUCAGGAGAAGUUGGAGCUGCUGGCUCAGUGCUUUGACCACAAAACCACCAUGAGACAAGCCUGGCUCAAUGAGAACCAGAGGCUUGUAUCUCAGGACAAUUUUGGCUAUGACCUACCAGCAGUCGAGGCGGCAAUGAAGAAACACGAGGCUAUCGAGGCCGACAUAGCCUCAUAUGAAGAGCGAAUUGGCGUGGUGGUGGAACUUGCUGCAGAGAUGGAGACAGAAGGAUACUACGACAUUCGGCGUAUCUUGGCACGUAAGGAGAACAUUCUGGGCCAGUGGAGUCUGCUGAAGGAGCUGGUGGCUGGGAGGAGGACCCGUCUGGAGAAGAACUUGGCCCUGCAGAAGACUUUUCAGGACAUGGUCUACAUGAUCGACUGGAUGGAGGACACACAGGUCCAGCUUCUGUCGAAGGACUUUGGGAAGCAUCUUCUGCAGGUGGACGACCUGCUGCAGAAACACAGCCUGCAGGAAGCCGACAUUGCAGUGCAGGCUGAGAGGGUCGAGACACUCAACACCGCUGCACUCAAAUUCACCACUAUAGAGGGUUACCAACCGUGUGACCCACAGGUGAUCUGUAACCGUGUCAACCAUGUCUCUUCCUGUCUGGAGGAGCUGAAACAACUGGCAGAUAAAAGGCGUGAUGAGCUUGAGGAGUCGAGACAACUGUGGGCCUUCUUUCAGGAGCUGGAGGAGUCGGAGGCCUGGAUCAGGGAGAAGAGCUCUAUCCUGGGAGCUCAGGGUUAUGGGAAGGACCUGAGCAGUGUGCUAAAGUUACUACAAAAACACAAGACUCUGGCAGGAGAACUGCUGGCUCACCGGUCACUGCUGCAGAACACCAUGAAGCGAGGAAAGCAGAUCCUGAGUGAGAAGAGCUUUGGCACUGCGGGGAUCCAGGAGAGCAUCAUGGAGGUGAAGGGCGAGUGGAAGAGGCUGGAGGACCAGGCCGCGCAGCGACUCGGCCACCUGCAGGAGGCGCUGAACUUUUUUCAGUUCUCCACGGAGACAGACGACCUGGUAGUAUGGCUACAGGAUGCUUACCGCCUGGUCUACAGCGAAGACUUUGGACACGAUGAGUACUCCACCCAGUCACUUCUGAAGAAACACAAAGGGGUCAGCGAGGCCAUCGACAAACAUCGCCUGCAUGUAGUGACACUGCGUAAACAUAUGGUGCUGCUGCCUCUGCGCUACCGUGACCAGGAGGAGGUGCACGUGCGUAUGGGAGAGGUGGAGCAGCUCUAUACUGAAGUGGCCGAGGUGGCGGUGCUCCGACAGCAGUGGCUCCACGACGCCCUCGCUGUCUACCGCAUGUUCAGCGAGGUCAAUGCCUGUGAGCUGUGGAUUGAUGAGAAGGAGCAGUGGUUGGACAAGAUGGAGAUCCCAGAGAGACUGGAGGACGUGGAGAUGGUCGCACACAGAUUUGAGAGCCUGGACCAGGAGAUGAACAGCCUGAUGGGUAGGAUCCUGGACGUUAACCAGAUAGUUCAGCAGCUCCUGGAUGGUGGUCAUCCAUCCUCUACAGAGGUUAGAGGUUGUCAGGACCACCUCAACUCAAGGUGGAACAGCAUUGUGGAGCUGGUUGAGCAGAAAAAAGAUCAGCUGGACUCGAUGUUACGCCUGCAAAACUACCUGCUGGAGUGUGCCGAGAUCAAGUCCCAGAUCCAGGACAAGAGAAAAGCAAUUGACGCCACUCAGUACAUGGGCAGCGACCUGGGAGGAGUUCUGGCUCUGCAGAGACGCCUCUCCACCAUGGAGGGAGCCCUGUCUGUCCUGGAGCCCAAACUUCUGCAUCUACAGGAAGAGGCGGAACAUUUGGCCACCGCCCACCCAGUUCGGGCUAUGGAGGUUCUCGUGCCGUUUGAUGGCAUCAGUGUGGAGUGGGAGGAGCUGAAACGCACCCUGCAAGGCUGUGAGGACUCGCUGAUGGUGGCUAGCAGGCUGCAGAGCUUCAUACAGGACCUGGACUCGUUCCUCACCUGGUUGGUCCAGACACAAACGGCCGCCGCCUCAGACCAGCUGCCCAACAACUUGGAAGAGGCGGAGAAACUCAUCAACAAACAUGCUGCCCUAAAGGAGGAGAUUGGACGGUAUGAAGAGGACUACGAGCGCUUGCAGGCCAUGAACGAGCUGCUGGAGUCCGAGGAGGCUCCUCUCCCUCAGGCCGCCCUGCAGCAGUGGCUCCAGAAGCUCGAUGUUGGUUGGAACAAACUGCUGGAGAUGUGGGAGAGCAGGAGGGAAGUUCUGGUCCAGGCUCACAUUUUCCAUCUUUUCUUGCGAGACGUCAAACAGGCCGAGUCCUUCCUCAACAACCAGGAGUCGGCCCUCGCUCACGUGGAGCUGCCCACCACGGUGGAAACAGUAGAAGCCUCCAUAAAGAAACACAAGGACUUCACCACCACCAUGGAGCUGAACCUUCACAGGAUCAAAGCUGUGAUUGAGGCUGGAGAGAGUCUGAUCAGCCAGAGUAACAUCUACUCUGACCGCAUCAAGGAACGCAUCGACACCCUCGCCAACAGGGGAAACCAGAACAGAGAGCAGGCCCAGCAGUGGCUUGAAAAACUGAACGACCAGUGGGAACUUCAGAGGUUUCUUCAGGACUGUCAUGAGCUGGGGGACUGGGUGUGUGAGAAGAUGCUAAUGGCGAGGGACAGCAGCCGAGAUGAGACCCAGAAACUUCAUAAGAAAUGGCUGAAGCACCAGGCCUUCAUGGCCGAGUUGGCCCAGAAUAAGGAAUGGUUGGACAAAAUUGAAAAGGAGGGCCAGCAGCUGAUCCAGGAGAAGCCGGAGCUCAGCCCGGUGGUCCGGAGGAAACUGGAGGAGAUCAGGGAGUGUUGGCAGGACCUGGAGAGCACCACACAGGCCAAAGCCCGCCAGCUCUUUGAGGCCAACAAGGCCGACCUGCUGGUGCAGAGCUACGAAAGCCUGGACCAGAGACUAGGCCAGCUGGAGUGUCAACUAGCCUACGUGGACCAUGGACAGGACCUCACCACUGUCAACAAGCAACUGAAAAAACUACAUACCAUGGAGAGCCAUAUGGAGGAGUGGUAUAAGGAGGUGGGGCAGCUCCAGGCGCAGGUGGCCUCCAUCCCACAGCAGACGCAGACCAAGGAGACGGUGGCAGAGCGUCAAGCCAUUGUGGAGGCCAGGAUGGUGCGUCUGAUCGAGCCACUGAAGGAGAGACGACGCAUCCUGCUGGCGUCCAAAGAAGUUCACCAAGUUGGACGAGACCUGGAGGAUGAGAUUUUGUGGGUCCAAGAGCGCCUCCCAAUGGCCAUGUCUCAGGAACACGGCUCCUCUCUGCAGGCAGUCCAGCAGCUCAUGAAGAAGAACCAGACACUUCAGAGAGAACUGCAGGGCCACAGGAGCAGGAUCGAGGAUGUCCUGGAGAGGGCGGGGAUCAUCGCUUCCAUACGCAGCCCAGAGGCCAACUGCGUCAGGGCGGGCCACGACCAGCUGGCCCAGCUGUGGGUUCUGCUCUGGGCCGAGACCGAGAGGAGGCAGCUGGUCCUGGAUGCCAUGUACCAGGCGCAGCAGUACUAUUUUGACACAGCCGAGGUGGAGGCCUGGUUGAGCGAGCAAGAGCUGCACAUGAUGAACGAGGAGAAGGGCAAGGACGAGCCGAGCACACUUCAGCUGCUAAAGAAACACUUAGUCCUAGAACAGACCAUCGAGGACUACGCUGAAACCAUCGGCCUGCUGUCGCAGCAGUGUCGACAGCUGCUGGAGAUGGGGCAUCCUGACUGUGAACAGAUCAGCAAGCGUCAGUCCCAGAUCGACCGUCUGUACGUGUCUCUGAAGGACCUGGUGGAGGAGAGGAAGAGCCGCCUGGAGCAGCAGUACUGGCUCUACCAGCUUAACAGGGAGGUGGAUGAGCUGGAGCAGUGGAUCGCUCAGAAGGAGGUGGUCGCCAGCUCGCCUGAACUGGGUCAAGACUAUGAGCAUGUCACUGUCCUGCAGGAGAAGUUUACGGAGUUUGCGUCAGAGACAGGCAGUGUGGGGCAGGAGCGAGUGACGGCCGUCAACCAGAUGGUGGACGAGCUCAUCGACUAUGGCCACUCAGAGGCCGCCACCAUCGCUGAAUGGAAGGACGGGGUGAACGAGGCCUGGGCCGACCUGCUGGAGCUAAUGGAGACUCGGGCGCAGAUGCUCGCCGCCUCACACCAGCUGCACAAGUUCUUCUCUGACUGCAGAGAGGUUUUGGCCCAGAUAGAGGACAAACAUCGAAGGCUGCCAGAAGUUCAGGCUCGGCAGGGCAGCACUGCCAACACCAGCACCCUGCAGAGACUCCUGCACAGCUUCGAACAGGACAUACAGCUGCUGGUCACGCAAGUGCGUCAGUUGCAGGAGAGUGCUGCUCAGCUAAGGACGGUGUACGCCGGUGAGAAGGCCGAAGCCAUCGCAUGCCGCGAGCAUGAAGUGAUGCAGUUCUGGAAAGAGCUGCUGACGUCCUGUGAGGAGUGUCGAGUACAGAUUACCACUGAGACAGACAAGCUGAGGUUCUUCAGCAUGGUCCGAGAUCAGAUCAUGUGGAUGGAAUCGAUUAUCUGUCAGAUAGGGACAGGAGAGAAGCCCAGGGACGUGUCCUCAGUUGAGGUGCUGAUGAAUUAUCACCAGAGUCUGAAGAGUGAAGUGGAGGCUCGCAGACGGAGCACCCUGGAGUGUAUCGAGAUGGGCAAAACUUUGCUGGCUGCUAGAAAUCCAGCUGCUGAAGAGAUCAAGGAGAGACUGGACAAGGUGGUUGCUAAACAAUAUGAGAUGUCUGAGAAGUGGGACAAGCACUGGGAAUUUCUACAGCAAUUGUUGGAAGUUCACCAGUUUGCCCAGGAGGCGGUAGUGGCAGAGGCGUGGCUGACCGCUCAGGAGCCGUUCAUCAGCAGCAACGAGCUGGGCGCGAGUGUAGACGAGGUGGAACAGCUGAUUCGUCGGCAUGAAGCCUUCCGCAAAGCCGCCGCCACCUGGGAAGAGCGAUUCAGCUCACUGCGACGACUCACUACAGUGGAAAAGUUGAAAGCAGAGCAAAGUAAACAACCCCCGACCCCUCUGCUGGGUCGUAAAGUCUUCCUGGACCCCCAAGAUGGUUCACCCAAUGCAUCAACCCUCCCCCGCCUCCCAAUCUCACCCGUCAUGAGACAGACCAUCUAUGAGCAGAACGAAGCCAACUCUCCUCCCUCGCCCUCACCCGCCACACCUUCUCCUUCGUCUGUGGCUUGUCGGCUGGGGUCAACAGUCGCUAACUACACCCCUGUGAUGAACGGCUCCAGCUACCGCCACACCCUGGAGGCGCGGCACGGAGGCGUAGUGGGUGUAGCUGCAGGACUAGGCCAGCCCGCACCUUCCUCUAUCGCCUCAGUUGCCACGGCGGCCAUGUUAGUCUCAGCCAACCAGGUGCUAGAGAGUGCCAGCACAGCGAGGGACCAAGCAACAAAAGUGAUGAGUCACCUCCAGCCAGUGCAGACGGCGAGGACACUGGAGGUGAAAUCCUCCGCGUACCUACGGCAACCAAAAAUCAAACACUUGGAUGAUGCGGUGACGCCGCUGCUUGUGGCCAGCCGGCUGGAGAAAGCAAGGGAAAGAGAGAGGGGGAGGGAGAGGGAGAUGAUGAUGGGAGAGAUAGGGACAGAAAGAGCGGAGGUGGCUGUGAUGGCUGAGGUGGUGCUUCAGGAGCCGAGGGAACGCCUGCACAGCGAGCCCACCCGAGGGUCUCGGGGAUCCAGGACUGACCUGUUGGGCCCCACUGAGCCCCAGGGCCACACCCACCACAGGAUAGAACGGCAGCUGUCCAGCGAGCAGCUGAUCCAGGCACGCAGGGACGAGCUUCCUCAGGAGGUGUGGAGGGAACAGGCCGAGAGGCGGGAGAGACGGACGCUGGAAAGGCAAACGUCCAGCGAGCAGGAAGGCCACGGGGGCCACGGGGGCCAUGAGGGGCGGCGGAGAGAGAGGGACCGACACCGGCCGGACAGACAGGAAUCCAGUGAGCAUGACACCGGGAAAGAGCACUCAGACAGACGCUCAGCUGGAGGAGAAAAGAGAUCCACCAUGGCAGAAAUUGUAGAGCAGCUGCAAGAAAGAGAAGCCGCACAGGCCCGUGGUGAGGUUCCCCGUGUGCCUAACGGGGUACCAGAGAAGUCUUCCCGUCUCGAACGGCCUCGGGCUCGGGACAGACCCAAACCAAGGCGUCGACCACGACCCAAAGAGCCAGGAGAGACUACGCGGCGGUCCAGGUCUGCUCCGGCCCAGAGCAGCCCGGCAGUCCCCCAGCCGCCAACACACACCGCACACCACGAGGGCUUCCUCUUCCGCAAGCUGGACAUCGAGACCCUGAAAAAGAGCACCAAUAGCAGGUCAUGGGUCAACCUGUACUGCGUGCUGAAAAAGGGGGAAAUGGGUUUCUACAAGGACGCCAAGAACACCGCCACAUCCUACAACAACGAGCCACUGCUCAACCUCUCCCACUGCCACUGCGACGUCACCAACGGCUACAAGAAGAAGAAGAACGUCUUCACACUCAAAACAAAGGACGGCAGUGAGUUUUUGUUUCAUGCAAAAGAUGAGGACGACCUCAAAGUGUGGGUGACCAACAUUACCGGCAGUAUUACGGAGCACGAGGAGAUUGCCAAAUGGGGUCAGCCCCAACCAACUACCUCAUCCACAGACGAGGGCACGCGGCGCGACGGCAGCAAAGCGGACAACAGGUCAGAGCGGGGCGGCGAGCGCUCGGACCGGGCCGAUCGGAUCGAGCGGGCAGAUAAAGAAAAGGAGAAGGAGAGAGAAAAGGAGAAGGAGAGAGAGAGGGGCGAGCGGUCGGAGAGGUCAGAGCGGGGAGGGAAGUCGGACACAAAGCGCUCGGAAAAGUCCGCUAAGAAAAAGUGAGCCGGGUGACGGAUCGAUCUCGGGAUUUGAAUCGUGAAUCGUGAACUCCGGAUAGGAGGCGGGGCCAUAGAAUGGUAGUGAGCGCCCCCCUCCUUCGCUCCGCCUCCAACACUGUCAACAAAGCGGUUGUGUUUGGAUGGAAAGUGACACACAGGACAGAAGGACUGACCCCAGGCUCACUCAUAGGACGGACAGGACGGAUUUGGUGCAGGAGACGUCUUUCUCUGUCUUUCUCUCUCUUCUUCUGUGUCUCUGUGAGAACACACAGAGUCACUGAUGCUCCGCCUACGCCCCCCCACCCCCUCCCCCCGGUGGCUGUUUCAGAGAACUGCAGAGAGAGUUCCGGGCUGCUGAACCUCGGGGCAGCGUUAACGCGAGAGAGAGACGGGACAUGCAUUACAUUAGCUCAAAGUCUGAUCGCUGGUAGUGCGAGAAAACGUAGCUCAUUCUGUUCCAUGUUUGUUUUUUCUAUGAGAUGAGCUGUUCAUGUAUGUGUUUCUGUCUGUCUGUCAUAACUACUGUAUCUAUCUUUCAUCCUACACUAUCUCUCAUUACUCAAAAAAUGGAAAGACAAUGAAAUUAUGCCAAAAUGUUUUACAGACAUACAAACUUCAUCCAAAUUCACUAUGGAUGGAUCAGCACUGAUAAACAGCUACAGCACUGAGCUGAUUCUAGAAACAUGAUGAUGUAAGACGAGAGAAGAGUAGAUGCCCCCCCAGGGUGAUUACCUUCAAAACAAUCAGGAACACAAGAAACACGAGGAAAUCAAAAAUGUCAUAGAAAUGUACAUCCAAGGGCUUGAAACCCUCAAGAUAGACCCCCCCCACCCCCUUAAAAUUUGCUUGAAUUGUUGAACUCUGCCCACAAAGAUCCAACAGAGCAGCUUCCCUUUGUUUAAGUAGGAUUUCGGAUUACAUUUGUGCAAGACAGAUGGGUCACAAGAUGUUCAAACUGGGACAUAAAGACAGUGUGGUCACUGCAGCCACUUGGGCUCCCAAGUUUAAUUUAUACAAAAAAAUAACACAUGUACAGUUCUUAGAAAAAGACUCAAUCUGAUGGUAGACUCUGGCUCCCAGGGGUCUCAUUUGUUGAAAUUUCGUUUUUAUUUUACUUUAAA